CUUGGUUUGCAUCACAAUACAUCUUCCCAUUACACAAAAAACAAAAAUAUAACAAAAUAUCUUUUUUUCUGUUUUGUUUUAAAUAGUUUGAAGUCACAAGUUCUUUGUUGUUCAGCUGUUUCCCCCCUUCCCACUAUCAUCAUACGAAGUGGGGUUUCGCUGGACAAAUAAACGAAAACUUUUAAUUUUCUUUUUCUUUAUAAAGAAAAAUGGAUUUCUCCGCCUUGCUUAUUACUCUCUUCACCGGAACUAUCUUCCUCUACUUUCUCCGGUGCUUAGUCUCUCAGCGCCGCCGUGGAUCCCCGAAACUCCCACUCCCGCCGGGAACAAUGGGUUGGCCUUACGUCGGCGAGACUUUCCAGCUAUACUCUCAAGACCCUAACGUCUUUUUCGCAUCAAAACAGAAAAGGUAUGGAUCGGUGUUUAAGACACAUGUAUUGGGAUGUCCGUGUGUGAUGAUCUCGAGUCCUGAAGCUGCCAAGUUCGUGCUGGUGACCAAGUCUCAUCUCUUUAAACCGACUUUCCCGGCGAGUAAAGAGAGGAUGCUGGGGAAACAAGCCAUCUUCUUCCACCAAGGUGAUUACCACUCUAAACUCAGGAAGCUCGUCCUCCGUGCUUUCAUGCCUGAAGCGAUCAGAGACAUGGUUCCCGACAUCGAAUCAAUCGCUCAGGACUCCCUCCGAAACUGGGAUGGAACAAUGAUCAAUACUUAUCAAGAAAUGAAAACAUACACAUUCAACGUCGCGCUGCUCUCGAUCUUCGGAAAAGACGAGGUUCUAUACAGAGAAGAUCUGAAACGAUGCUACUACAUUCUCGAGAAAGGCUACAACUCGAUGCCUGUAAACCUCCCUGGAACGCUCUUCCACAAAGCCAUGAAGGCUCGCAAGGAGCUCUCGCAGAUCCUCGCUAGGAUCUUAUCGGAGAGAAGAGAGAACAGAUCCUCACACAACGAUCUUCUCGGUUCUUUCAUGGGAGACAAAGAAGAGCUGAGCGACGAACAGAUCGCCGAUAACAUCAUCGGAGUCAUCUUCGCGGCUAGAGACACGACGGCUAGUGUGAUGACGUGGAUCCUCAAGUACUUAGCUGAGAAUCCUAAAGUUCUAGAAGCCGUUACUGAAGAGCAGAUGGCAAUAAGGAAAGACAAAGGAGAAGGAGAGUCUCUAACUUGGGGUGAUACAAAGAAGAUGCCAAUAACUUCAAGAGUCAUUCAAGAAACAUUAAGAGUUGCUUCAAUCCUAUCUUUCACUUUCAGAGAGGCUGUAGAAGAUGUGGAGUAUGAAGGAUAUUUGAUACCUAAAGGAUGGAAAGUUCUGCCGCUUUUCAGAAACAUUCACCAUAGUGCUGAUAUCUUUUCAAAUCCUGGGAAGUUUGAUCCAUCAAGAUUUGAGGUGGCUCCAAAACCGAAUACUUUCAUGCCAUUUGGAAAUGGAACCCACUCGUGUCCUGGAAAUGAACUAGCCAAGCUUGAGAUGUCUAUCAUGAUACAUCAUCUAACCACCCAGUACAGAUGGUCGAUAGUUGGAGCUAGUGAUGGGAUUCAGUAUGGACCCUUUGCGCUUCCCCAAAACGGACUGCCCAUUAUGCUGACCCGGAAGUCGGAAAUCGAUAUGUAGAGUUGCGUGAUUGUCCCUUAGCAAUUCUUUAGAGGGAGACUAUAGAAGAAAAACAAUAAUUGAUUUUUCUUGCUAAAGAAAAAUAGGGAUAAAUGGAAAGAAAAAAAUCAAGAUUUUGGUAGGUAAAAAAUCUCAAAAUGGGAAAACAGGAGAAGCACCAAUUGUAAAAAAAAAAAUGCAAUUUUUCUUAUUUAUUUUUUUAGUUUAAGAUGGGGAAAAGUUGGUCAUUGAGUCUUCAAAUUCAGGGAAAACGUUAUAUGAAUAUCUUAAUUGUAUUUCAUUCACCCCAAAAAAUAUCAUGAAUAUAUUUAAACUGAUUCGUCCCGGACUGGGACUUUCCAAGUUUUUUAAUUUCGUUUUAUAGUAUACAUAUAGGUAUAUGUGUGUGUACGUGUUAGUGAAUUACUGAAUUGAAUGCCUGGAUAUAUCCCAAAAUCAAUAUUUUACAGUUUGUUGA